AUGUAUAAAUGUUUUGUAAAAAGCAUAAGGAGCAAAGCAUUAUUCAAAAGAACAUUGUGCAACGUUUCGUAUGGGUACUUAAACUUAACAGUGCAGGAUAGGACCAUGCCAUAUUUUGAAAAUUUAAAAAAAAAUAUAAUUUAUAUUAACAAUUCGAAAGAUUGUAAAGAGUGUAUAAACGAAAUUAAGAAAAAAUUUUCGAGCGAAAAGCAAAACUUCAUUGGUCUUGAUAUAGAAGGGUACAAAAUAGGAAAGGAUGGUAUAGUAAGUAUUAUACAAAUAUGUGCUGAUGAUAUUUACAUUUUUGAUAUAUAUAAAUGCGAUAAUAGCUAUUUAUUUAUUAAGUACAUAAAAGACCUAUUGGAAGAUGAGAGAAUAGUAAAAGUAACCCAUGACUGUAGAGAAGAUUGUUCUAUACUAUACAAUCAAUACGAUGUAAGACUAAACAAUAUUUUUGACACACAAGUAGCAUAUAACAUACUUUUAAAAGAAAGGAAAAAAGAGAUGUACCAAAUAAGUUUUGAUGAUUUAUUAUAUAAAUGUUUAUUGUUAAAUAAUAAUCAAAAAAUUUAUUUUCAUAAAAUGAUUGCACUGGAACAGAAAAUAUAUCUACAGAGACCCAUAUCGAAAGAGCUAAUUCAUUACGCUGUUCAGGAUGUGUUAUAUUUGAAGCCGCUCAUGUUGAGUCUAGUGCACAUGUUAAGUGGUGUACAUAAAAAGGAACACACGGGAGAAAGGUGUUCUAAAGUAGUGAGAACAGCGCAUGAAGAAAAGGGGGAAGUAAAGAUAUCGGAGGAAAAAGAAAUGAAAACUUCGAUUGUCGCUAAUAUAUCAGAUAUCGACAUAAUAAUGCAAGUGAUAAAAUGCAGUCAAAAGUAUAUUAAUUAUCAGUCAUUAAAUUCACAUAUUAAAAAUGAAAAAGAAUUGCAAAAAGGGAUGACACUUGAAGGUAUGGUUGUUUCAUGCAAUAACAUAAAUAUUUAUGUUAAGUUAAAUAUGAGCAAAAAGGGAGUUAUAGCAAAUUGUUUACAUCAUAAAUAUAAUAUUGGUGAUAUCGUUAAAUGUGUUAUCCUAGGUUUUGGUACUAACAAUUAUAUCAAGUUGGGAUUAUAUGAUUCUUCCAUUUUGUAA